AUGGCAGAAGGUACGAGAUUCAGGACAUUGGAGGAACAAGUCAAGAGGCAGGAAAUCAAGCUCCAAGAACUGAUGGAAUCUGUACUUUCACAUCAAUCAGAACAGCUACAGCUUAAGAACAACUUAACAAUGGAAUUGGAAGAAAACAACAAACGGAUGGAGAAUUUGUUGUCAGGAAUGGAACAGAAUUUCAGCAAGUCUCUGGAUCAGAAAUUCAAUGCACUGCUAUCCAGGAUGACUACUGCGCAGGACAAGGUCGCGGACAGGGGAGAAAGAAUCAUGAUGGAUCAGGGACCAAUUCUUCCUACACCGCCGCCUCAUCAGAGAUUGCAACCAGAAGGAGAUCAGCAGAAUUCCUGCAAAAGAGAUUGGAGUAAGUACCAACUUCCUAAUCCUCCUAAGAUAGAUUUGCAUCUGUUUAGUGGAGAAAAUCCUAGGGAAUGGUUGCGCAAGUGUGAUAAAUACUUUAUGAAUUAUCAAAUUCUGGAAAAUCAGAAGGUUGAAAUCAUAGAAAUGUACUUAGAUGGAAGGGCGGAUAAGUGGUUCCAAGGUAUUAAACUGGAGAGGCCUGGAUUGAGUUGGACAGAAUUUGGAGAUCUGUUAUGCAAACGAUUCACAGACAGUAUUUGCAAGGAUAUAGUAGAGGAAUUUAAUAAGCUGCAACAAGGAGGUAGUGUGAGGGAAUAUCAGGAGCAGUUCGAAGAAUUGAAACCUCUAAUGUUAAUCAAGAACAGGAACUUAGAUGAGAACUACUUCAUUUCUAGCUUCAUUAGUGGCUUGAAGGAGGAGAUCAAACCUAUGCUACGGAUGCUGAAGCCUGCUACUUUGACUGAAGCUUUUGAGCUGUCUCAGUGGCAGGAGUACUCACUCAAGGUGCAGAAUAAGAACUCUAAACAGACGGGAGAGGGUAGGUUUGGAUUUUCAAGGGGUAAUACGUCAGUGGUAGACAGCAACACUUACAAGGUCCCUGUCAGUAAUGCUCUUAAGGGCCCUAGGUACAGUAAUAAGGUACAGGAGGAUGCUAAAGAAGUGAAGAGGAUCUCACCUCAGGAGUUGCAGUUUAGGAGAAGUAGGGGACUGUGCUUCAAGUGUGGGGAAAAAUAUGGCGUAGGCCAUCAGUGUAAGCAAGGGUAUGUUAACUGUAUGAUAUUGGAGGAUGAAGAGGAGGCAGUCUUUGAAGAUGCUGUGGGGGAGCAGGAUGAACAGACAGGGAAUCCAGGACAAACUAUGGAGCUGUCCCUACAUGCAUUGUCUGAAUCCCUGAGAAGGAAAACAAUUACAUUGACAGGCAACCUGGAUGGGGAGAAAGUUUUUAUUUUGGUAGACACGGGUAGUUCAGACAGUUAUAUCAACAGUGAAAUGGUAAUUGGAAUGGAUAUUGCCUACAGAAUGGUUAAGCAGCCAUUUUCUGUCAUAAUGGGAAAUGGAACUACUGUGACUAGCAAUGCUAUCUGUCCUAAUGUGCACUGGAAUAUUAACCAACAUAGCUUCAGAUUUGAUUUGAAGGUGAUGGAGUUAGAAGGAUGGGACAUAAUUUUGGGGGUAGAUUGGAUGACACACUUUAGUCCUAUCACGUUUGACUUCCAACAGCUCAGGAUAUCCUUACAUAGUGAAGGAAAUGAAAUUCACUUACAUGGACAAGCAGAGGAUAGUGAUAUGGAUUUAAUUAGGGGAAGGGAUAUGAGAACCUUCAUAGAGUAUAAAAGACAGAUGUGCUUGGCUUUGAACUGUAGGAAGGAGAUAGGAGAAGAGGUAGCUGUUAUUCCCCAGGAAAUUAUGGAAGUGCUUCAGGAUUAUGAUGAUGUGUUCCAGACUCCAAAAUCCUUGCCCCCUCCUAGAAGUGUGGACCACGAGAUCCUUCUCAAGAAGGAGGCACAACCUUUCAAAUUAAAGCCCUACAGGUACCCCCACUGUCACAAGGAGGAAAUGGAGAAACAGGUGGAAGAAAUGCUUCAAAAAGGGAUAGUUAAGUACAGCAACAGCCCUUUUGCUUCCCCUGUGCUGCUGGUUAAGAAGAAAGAAGGGACUUGA